AUGAUUGAGCAGGUAGAUGAUGGCAUCCUCAGCUCUGAGGCGGGGCUGAUAAGCAAACUGAAGGGGAUCCUGAUGUGGUCUGACUAUGGGUCGGAGCUUGUCCAGGAGGAGUCUUUCCAGGAUCUCCAUUAUGUGGGAGGUCAGUUCCACAGCCCUUUUGUGAUAGUGCAGCUUUUUGUGGUAAUUUUUCUAUGCAUCAAUUUGUUGCUCAUUGGGACCUUUUUUUCAAAGGAAUUCUUCUACACAACCAUGCGCUACAUGUUUUUUGCUGUUACACUAAUGUCUGACAGCUUCAUGUUAAUCAUGUCUAAUAUCCUGCUCCUCUGGAAUUUUUUUUGUUUGCGUAUCCAAUUUUACCAGUGUGUCAUUAUCUAUAUUCCAGCGGUUAUAUUCACUUUUGUUACACCCAUUACUCUGACAGCAAUGACUCUGGAGCGCUAUGUGGCCAUUUGUAUGCCCCUAAGGCACGCAGAUCUGUGCUCCACCCGCAACACUGUGCACGUCAUAGUCAUCAUUCAUGGCCUCAGCUCUGUACCGAUCACAAUUAUUCUCUGUUUUUUUGCAUCACCUAUGGGUAGUGUAUUUAUGAAAUUCAAGAUAUGCUCCAUGGAUAUGUUUAACAUAUUCAAAUGGCACAAUUACUUUAAAUUAGCUGUGUAUCAGUUCUACUUCUUAAUCAUGUCUAUCACCAUCUUUUUUUCCUACAUUGCAAUAGUGAAAGUUCCCAAAGCUGCAUCUGGCGAGAAUAAAAAGUCAACAUGGAAAGGGCUCAGAACAGUGGCCCUUCAUGGAUUCCAGCUGCGUCUAAUCCAGCUGUGGUCUCCACUCAUAGAAUCUGCUAUGCUUGAGAUUAAUUUACAGUUAUUUAAAGAUGUGAGAUACUUUAAUUAUCUAACAUUUAGUAUUGCCCCAAGAUGUCUGAGUCCUCUCAUUUAUGACCUUAGGGAUGAAAAUUUUUUUGGUGCAUUGAAGAGUAAUGUCUGUUUUGGGUUUUCUUACGCAAAAAUCCAAAGAAAUUCUAACUGA